AAUGUUUUCAUAGCAAAAGCAGACGACAAUUUUCAGUUUUUUUUUUUAGGGUCUGAGGCUCUGAGCAAAGGAUGGUUUGAUGACUUGAUAUUGAACAUUUAAUAAAGUGUUAGCUAUUAUAGAACGAGAGACUUAUGGCUCCACAUUGACAUUUUUUAAGUUACAAUGUCUAUUUAGUCAAACAGAUUUAUUCAACUUAUUGUAAAAAGCUAUUGGUGAAUUUUGUAGCUCAACGUGAAUCGGUGAAUCCAAUAGCAAAUCAAUAAAUCAUGCCGGGAAAAGUUAAAGUGAAAAUUCUUGCUGGAAGGAACCUUCCUGUAAUGGAUCGUUCAAGUGACACUACGGACGCUUAUGUUGAGAUAAAAUUAGGUAGCAUAACCCAAAAGACAGAUGUUUUUCGAAAAUCUCUAAAUCCUCAAUGGAAUUCAGAAUGGUUUAUCUUUGAGGUUGACGAUGCAGAACUUCAAGAUGAACCACUUCAAAUAAGAUUAAUGGAUUACGAUACAUACUCUGCAAAUGAUGCCAUAGGAAAAGUAUACUUAGAUUUAAAUCCACUUCUGGUCACACCUGGCAUUUCAGGUAUCAGAGGUAUCAGAUCGGAAGCUUGCUCUGUCCCGAGUUCAGGAGGGCAUGUAUUAUCAGGUUGGCUUCCAGUGUAUGAUACAAUGCAUGGAAUGAGAGGGGAAGUGUCAGUCAUAGUCAAGGUUGAAUUAUUUUCUGAUGUUAACAAGUUUCGGCAAAGUUCAUGUGGUGUUCAAUUUUUCAGUACUCCGUCAACACCUCACGGUUUUAAAAUUCAGUCUAUUCAAGGGUUUGUUAAAGAACUUGUUGUUAAUGAUGACCCAGAAUAUCAAUGGAUAGACAAAAUUCGGACACCAAGAGCGUCAAAUGAAGCCAGACAAACAUUGUUCUCUCAACUUUCGGGGGAAGUACGUCGUAAAAUCGGAUUAAAAGUAUUAGAGCUUGGCGGAAAUGCUGUAGUUGGAUACCAGCAAAUGUUUGAUCUUGAAGGAGUAACUGGGCUAGUGGUACGCGGGAUAGGGACAGCCGUAACACUAGCUAGGUGCCAUUUCGAUGGAAACGCAGCAGUUACCUGGUUCAAAGAACAGCACCAUGGAAGUAGUGGCCGAGAAAAUGAUAGCACUCGGCCUCGUUUGCAUCAGAGCGAACCCCUUCUCCAGUUAGACGAUCACGAAUGCUUACCUACGAAAACUCCUGUGCCACGCUUUUAUAGGCUACAGUCAUUACCAAUGCAUGAAGACACCAACCAAUUGCCAAUCAAACUUCAGGCUUCCAUUUCCGUAGCUAAAGUGCUCGAAGGCUGUGUUGGCAUUGUGAAGACCCCCGCGAAACGAAAGCUCUCUCUCAGCAAUUUGUUUGCCAAAUCUGGGAUUAAAGGGAAAGUUGGUAGACCGCGCGAAACUGCGUCGCCAAAUACUUUGUCAGUUCCAUGUGAUGACGAUUCCACCAAAAGUAGUCCUCAAUCCCGAAUUCGCUCACGCUCGCUUAUUUGCGAGAUGUCACCUAUCCUGGAAAAUCACGGAGACUCCGUUUCUGAUUCACAAGAGAACAGUCCUAUUAGCAAAACACUUUUACCUGUCAUUAACCAUUCACCAGAUAUCAACGAAUUCAAAUUCAAGAAAGACUUGCGAGGGUGGACUGACGACGACUUAGCCUUGUCAGGAUCCCAGGAAUCGUGCUCCUUUUUUCGUGUUAAUGCUCCUGAAGACAGCUGCUCAAGCAGCUCUGAAAUCUCUCUGAAUUAUUUCCCUUUAAAACAGGAGCAACAAAACGAACGCUCGAUUGAAACACCGUUGUCAUUACUACGAUUAGUCGAUAGCAAAGACGAUCUGUCUUCUAACGUAGCGUUGAAUGCAACCACUCACCCACCUUUGCCUGAAAUGCAACCUAUUUGUCCCUACCCAACUAGAUCUCCUCGUUGUGCAGCCAUUUCGCCAGUCGAUGUCGUUAAACCAUUACAUAGUACUGCUGCCAUCACCACUCCAGUGGUCGUACAUGGAAUGACUCCUUCACGACCUUCUCCCUGUCGACGCUCUUCAGAAUCUGAAAUCAACACAACUCCAAAAGCUUCCAGUUUAUCCGAUAGCUUCGGUUCAUCAGGGGGAGGCGUAAUUGCAUCCAACUGUCGUCCGACGACUCACCGUCAGACAUCAGUUCCUGCUCCACCUACUAGCGCAUAUCUCAAUACUGAUGUUACUAGGAACCUUGAAGUCCUCGAAUAUCCUUUCUUGACAAUGAAGACCUACCCCCCUGGAUUCAUCGUACAUAUUGGGGGAACAGUGAGUGCCAGGUCUGUCAAGUUGUUGGAUCGGAUAAACAAUUCCGAAGGAGAACCGGAAACCCGAGAUAAUUGGUGGACUGAAAUAAGAAUGGAAGUUCGUUCACAUGCACGUGCGCUCGGCUGUUCCGUGAUUCUCGGCUACGAAGAGCAUACUAGUAUAAGUGAUGAGGUUUGUGUAUUGAGCGCAUCCGGCACAGCAGCCGUUGUUAAGCUGCAGCAUACAGAAGUGGAGGUUAAAGAUAUAAACUAUCACGGAAAAGGCAAUCCACUUAACGCUGAGGAAAGUAAAGUUACUUUGCCUUGUCGUGUCUGCCACAUCCCUUAUAGCAAGGCCAGCAUUCCUUUUCCCAUCAAGCUUUCUCGCUGCGCUCUAUGCAGGAAGGGCAAAGUUCCUGACGUGUUAAUAGCUACUAUCGAACCUCCGACAGGAAUGAACGUGACGGGACGGGGGUGUCUCAUACAGGCCCGUCUAUGUCGUCCAAAACGUGCCGAAUCUCGUGGCGAUCAGCAAGCGAAGGAAGUUUCGGACGGGUUGCCUUUCCUAGAAUACGAAUUGCAUCGGCAGUUAAUUAAUAAAUUGAGAACCAAAGGAAUGAAUUCAAUAUUCCAUCUUAAGGUGCAAGUGAGUAUCGGAGAAAGGCAUGUAGUUGGCGUUGCUACUGGCACGGCGCUUUUUUUAAGCGCUCUUCCGACUCCAUCUCUGCCUACGCCAAGCAAUCCUAGCAUAUCUUCGAAACAAUCAAAAAGAGGGCGAAUUAAUAAGUUAUUGAUUGAAGCCCACGCUACCAGUCAAGAGCGCUAUGGCCUUAAUAAACAGCUGAAUAAGGUUAAUGACAUGGAAGAAACAAAGUGGACCGAUUCUGAUGAUACAGAUGAGGAUGCCAACGAUCUCGACCUUACAGCUGGAAAUAAAGACUCUUGCGUCAUCGAAAUUGACGACGUAGAAGAUAUUGACGUGAUUGAAUUACUGAUCGACCCCGAAACACCGGAAGGCUUCGACGUGGUGACUACUGAGACUGUACCUGGAUUACCGAUCGAUAAUAUUCGUCGACACCCUAAUCUCCAAGCUUUCAAUCGUGUGUGGAAGGGCAAAAUUCCAUCGGUGCAGGCCGCACGGCAUUUGAAUCGCUGCUUUGAAAUGAUCUUACGGAGUAUUUACUUCAAGUUGCGCAAGUCGCGUCCGUGCGUAAUCACGAACCUUCAGUUCAGCGUUGAUUUACCCGAAGAUGACGAAAUUCAAAUUUCUGUAUUAGGUACAGCCAUCACGUCCUUCACUAAAAUUGCGCCAGAGCCUGCCCCUUGUAUAGGAGCCUCUCUUAGAGGCGUCGGUUCUACCGAAAGCGAAAUGAUUUUUCAUCUCGAGGAUGACGUAGUUCAACUGCCAGCGUCGAACGAGCCGGCAGCUUCAAUGACGAAGGUAAAUCAACAGAUCCGUCAAAUUCCUCCUCCGCCUCCUUCCAAUCAAGGCCUGUUGAGAACGGCUGGCGACAAAGCCAAGUUUUAUGUACAGAAGGAAAGACAGCCGGUAGACAUUGUGACUCUAAUCCACUUACCCGGUUCACGAGUCGAACGCUACUUAGGCCAUCUUAACUUCUUCUUCAUCCGAGAAAGCACCAGCAUUCGUGAGGACGGUGGCUUGAGCGGCUUCAUGCAGUCGUUCAUCACGGAGGUACUGGGCAUCGUACGAGCUCAUGUCUCUGCGUUAGGUGGAAACGCCAUGGUUUCAUACUUUAUGACGCAAUGUGUGCUUCUUCACAACCCUCACAAAAAUCAGGGACAAUGCCUCAUCAAUGUCGGCGGGGAUGUUGUACAGGCCGUCCGCUGCUCUACCGAUAAGGACGUUUCAAAUCAUGCCUAAACUCCUAGUUUCGACUCAUUGUGUCCUGUAGCAGUUUAUUUUAAAUUCUUCCUUGAUCGCUUCCAUCAAGAGAAAGGUGUAUAUUUUAUUUGGUUUAUAUUUUUCGUCAUCUGCGUUGUCGGGUAUCGAACCUUCUUGCUCAUCAUAGAUUAUCUUCCUUGAGAAUAUUUAAAAUCGCGGCAAAGGUUAGGAGCCGUUUCUAUGUCUUUUCCUUGUUGUGUUGAUCGUUUGCCUUACUAUUCUAGUUCCAUCUAUUAUGUCUAUUCACACAAGUCGUAGGCGUUUCAACAUAAUUCCUUACUGCGGCUCCACUAUUGCCUCCUCCGUUCCGCAUGUAUUUAAAUUCUCUUUUGUUUUCCCAGUUCUAAUAAUGGAGACCGAUCCUGUCAUAUUUUCCCAAAAUGUCAAUGUUUAAUUGAUUGCAUCUGUGAACAGCUGCUGAUGGUGACGUAGAUGUGAAGCAUGAAAGGCAAGUGAUUAAUAUCGUCAUUUAUUUUCUGAAGCAUCAACAUUAAUUUUCGGCCGACAGUAAUUCUCGACCGGUUGUGUUACAAAUCGAAUAAAUAUAUCGACCAAUAGA